GGCAGCUCCGUCUCCAACAUCCGAUGUAUCCUUUGUCCGAUGUAUUCACUAUCCCUUCUCAGCACGUCUAAACCAUCUCAACCUGGCCUAACUUUGUGGUCUACACUGCUCCACCUUAACUGCCCUUAAUGACGAAGACCAGGGGUGACAAACAUACGGUCCACGGGCCAAAACCAGCCUGCUGCGGGGUUUAAUGGGCCGGACAAGUGUUUACAUACCAGCCAACUCUCUUCCCUCCCUUCCUCCCACCUCCUCCUCCUCUGCACGUGCCACCAUUAGUCACUACUGUAUCGUCUGUCUCGAAGGAUGAAAACAUCAAAAACACAAGACUCAAACUGCAGCCACACACCAACUAAAAUGUCCCUUCAGACAGAGUGUGAGGUGGACCGCCUGCCUGCUGGUUUCGGGUCCAGGGACGCUUUCCUCACACCAGGUGUUAAGAGGGACUGGAAAAGGCGACGGCGUGAGCAUCAGAGGCGAAUCGACAGCGGCAGCAGCUGGGAUCCCGUCCGCCCCGAAGCAGGCAGGAGUAAACCGCAGCCGACGUUUGAGCUCAGCGAAGGCGCAGCCAUGCGUUGCUCCACCGUGCUUGCCAUCUUAACCGGCGUGCUCCUGUACUUGGUGCUGGGUGCCGUGGUGUUCCGUGCCCUGGAGGCUCCCCAGGAGGAGGACCAGCAUGGCCAUUUGGUGGCCACGCGUCAGGCGUUUUUGUCAGACUUCAAAUGUGUGGAGCCAGAGAACCUGCAGGCCUUCAUAACGGAGGUGGUUAAUGCCAUUGGUGCAGGUGUGGAUCCAAUCAGUAACAGCACCUUUGUCAGCCAGUGGGAUCUAGCCAGUGCCUUUUUUUUCUCAGGGACUAUUAUCACAACCAUUGGUUUUGGUAACAUCUCUCCCAAGACGGAAGGAGGACAGCUCUUCUGCAUUUUCUAUGCUCUGGUGGGAAUCCCACUGUUUGGUAUCCUGCUGGCGGGAGUCGGAGACCACCUGGGUACUGGACUGAGGAAGACCGUCGCCAAAAUAGAGACUCUCUUUCUGAAGUGGCGCGUCAGUGCGACCAUUGUCAGAGUGAUCUCAGCCGUCCUGUCCAUCUUGUUGGGUUGCGCGCUCUUUGUGGCACUGCCUAUCUUUGUUUUCCAAGAAGUGGAGCAAUGGAGUCUGCUGGAGUCAGCCUACUUUGUAGUCAUCACCUUAACAACUGUAGGAUUUGGGGACUAUGUUGCAGGGGAUUCUGGCAUUGAGGGCAGCGACCGCUGGUACAAACCUUUGGUGUGGUUCUGGAUCUUGCUCGGUCUGGCCUAUUUCGCCUCCAUCCUGACAAUGAUUGGUAACUGGCUUCGGGUUCUUUCUAAAAAGACUAGAGCUGAGAUGGAAGAACUGCGAGCCCACGCCACCGACUGGACUCAAAACAUCCAGAAUAUGUCGGUGGAUUUUCGCAUCCCAGGCAAAAUUGACGAUCCUUUCAAGCGACGGAGGCGAAAGCGUCGCCACGGGUCUCGCAGCCACGGCCACAGUGUGUCAGCCACAGGGGUUCCAAAUGGAAAUGCAGAGCAUCCUGAGAACGGGACCGAUUCCGGAUCUUACACGUCUUCCACCUCCUCCUCCAACGGAUCGUCAGGGUCAGGCUCAGGGUCCGAAACAGACUCGCAGGUCACUCAGACGGAGCGAGUGCCUGAAGAGAAAACCCCCGAGACUCAGAAGUCUCAGGAGGCUCCUCCAGAUCCCCACCUGUCUCAGCCUCUGGACUACUUCGGGGAGAACCUGGCCUUUAUCGACGAGUCCUCCGAUGCUCAGAGUGCUAAGCUACAUUUGGAUCCGCUGCUGGAUCCCUCGCAGUCCAAUUCUGCGAGACCUCAUCAGCACAGGAGAAGACGCCACAGAAGGCCAGUUUCGCAAAGAAACACCCGGAGCAACACGUCGGAUCCCGACAAGAAAGAGCCCAAUGGAAACCCAACGCCAGGCCCAGAUUUACCACCUUUGAACCUCAAGGUUUAACCCAGAGAGAAUACAAAAGAGCUUCACUGUGGUGACAGGGUUCAACCUUCAAGCUGGGAGAGAUGAAAUGAAAUGAAGAGGAGUUCACUGCGUAGCAAUUUAUUUGUGUAUAUGCAAUGCUUACUUACAGACACUUGAGAUGAAAACAUAUUGCAAAUGCCUUAGCCACUUGUGGUGUGCAUUAAUGCCUCAGCAUGCGAGAGUGUAUGCCUCAUUGACGAAUUACUCUGAAGUGAUUCCUAUGCCCAUGUUACUUUUACUUUUCACGAAGAGCCGCUGCUCUCAUCUGCGCCAAAACAGAAAUGCACUGCCAUUUCUCCGUACCGGGGCUCUCUGCUGUUUACAAAUACACUUAGAGUAUUUACAAAAAAACACAGGAAGCCACAGGAACAUAAAAAAAAAACACAAAAAAAACAAAACCCCAGAGCCAUACCACGGUCCUGUGGCCAGAGACAGUUACUCUUCAUUACUUUCAAACAGGCUCUUGCAGAUUUUUGUAUUUAAAACAUGUUUUUCUACAUGCCAUGUUAACAACAGUGAUGUUUGCAUUUUUGAUGUCCAAGUGCAUUAAACCCAACUGUACUGCAUACGUGUAAUAAAAUAUUUUUUAAUGAAUUGCAAA